AUGGGCAGGAGCCGGCUGACCGAUCAGGAGAAGCUCGACAUCGUCUGCCUCUACUACUCCGCGCCGACCACGACCUCAGCAAGGGCUCAUGGUCAGGAGCCGCAACGAGAUCCUCGAGAGCAUCGCGAAGUUGUCAACCCCCGAGGGACAGAACACCCCUACUGUCCUCGCCCUCCCCCUACGACUCUGCGGGGCCGAGCCCUUGCUCGGAUCUCCUCCUCGCCUCCCAAGACCGACCAGAGGCUCAACAACGUGUGCAUGUACUACUCGGCGCCAGCAUCGACGAGCUUCCGGAGGACGGUGCACCAGUGGGACAUCGCCAAGGCGUACGGGAAGAGCCGAGCGGCGAUCAGCAAGGUGCUGAAGCCGGAGUACGCGAUAGGGGUGAUGAAGACGAAGAAGCGAGCGGGGGUGAUGAAGAGGAUCAAGGAGGAGGCGAAGAGGAAGAAGCGGGCUAUGCAGCAUCAUUUGGAGGGAAAGAACCAAGGGCAGGAGCAUUGUGCUGAGCUCAAGCAUCAGCGUUAG